UAGCAGCGCAGAAGAAGAAGCCGUAGCCGCUGACAGUCCGCCAUGCUCACCCUGCUGCUGCACCAGUGUGGACGCAACCUGCUGACACCGAGGACCGUCCGGGCCGUGAGCACAAGCUUGUACUCUUCUCAGAUGGGGAAACGCGUGGCCGUGGUGCUGGCGGGCUGCGGGGUUUAUGACGGCAGCGAGAUCCACGAGGCCUCCGCUGUUCUGGUUCACCUGAGCAGAGGAGGUGCAAGUGUGAACAUGUUCGCCCCCAACAUUGACCAGAUGCAUGUGGUGAACCACCUGAAGGGCGAGCCUUCUCAGGAGAGCAGAAACGUGUUGGUGGAGAGUGCAAGGCUGGCCCGUGGAAACAUCCAGGAUCUGUCUAAGCUCAGCGUCAAAGACCAUGACGCUAUUAUUUUCCCAGGCGGUUUUGGGGCAGCGAAGAACCUCUGCACAUGGGCAGUGCAGGGGAAGGACUGCUCUGUUAACGAUGAAGUCAAAGCCACCCUGCAGGCGUUCCACAGCGAGGGCAAACCCAUCGGCCUCUGCUGCAUCUCACCUGUCCUGGCUGCCAAGGUGUUUCCUGGGUGUGAGGUCACCGUCGGCCUCGAAAAGGAUAGCAAGUAUCCAAAUACUACUGACACCGCAGCGGCUAUCAACCAGCUGGGCUGCAAACACGUGAACAAGAGCAUCAGCGAGAGCCACGUGGACGAGAAGAACAAGCUGGUCACCACCUGUGCCUACAUGUGUGACGCUCCGAUCCAUGAAGUAUUUGACGGAAUCGGAUCGAUGGUGCAGGACGUCCUGAAACGUGCCUGAAUCGACUGAAACUCCAAAAGAUGGUGGAAGCGUGAAAAUGAAUGGUGGGCUGUCGUUUUAGAGAGCUUUGUGGUUGAUGUCUGCUCAGCUGGAAGGCGUUGAAGUAGCACCUUAGUUUAAAAAAGCACUUAAACAUACUCCUGAAAUGUUUGCGGUAAGCGCUACAUGGUCUGAUUUUUUUUUAGAUUCAUCUAUUUUUUGACAAAUAUUGCAGUUUUAAUCAAUCUUUAUGGAUUGUAUUGUGAUGCAGUGGUUUUGUCUCAUGAAGUCAGUGUAAAUCAGAUUGUAGAACCUCACAGCAGUUGAUAUUGUCCACAAAAACAUAAUAAAAUGAACAAUUUCACCGUU